AUGUCGAGCAAGUACGCAUUCACAAAGGCCCUCAAGGAGCGCGUGUAUACCCCAACCUCGAAACCUCCCAACGACGACGACACCAACCUCUCGCAUCACCUCGAUCCCCCGCUAACCCCUCAUCGCAAUAGCAACUUCGUCGCAAGAGCCUACCCCACGAUGAAGAAGAACAACCCCCAGACUCCCAUCCUCAUCCGCGAGGCCGCCGGCACACUACCCAAGAUCUACGCGAGAUACGAAUUCGGCGUUGAAAAGAGCCAGUCGCUGGAAGGCCUGUCGGACAAGCAGAUCGAGGACACAGUUACGACACUGGUAAAGAACGGCGCAUAA